AUGCUUAGUAUGCCAAUUAUUGAUGUAUUACAACCAUCUGAAGGAGAACAACAACAGGGACGGCAACAUAUACCUUUUGAUGAUAUCGUUAGGGAAAAUGAAGCUUUUGUAAAUUAUUAUAAGAUACAAAAUAUUAUAUCGGAUGAAACUGAAUGGAAUAAAUUUCUAGAAGUGAUUAAAAUAACAUUACCAACAUCAUUUAGAAUUACUGGAAGUAGAAGUCAAGCAUUUGAAUUAAGAGAUUUAAUGAAAAAUGAAUAUGUACCAAAAUUAAAUAAAAUCCAAUUUGGAGAUGAUAAAAGAUGUGAAGCACCUAAACCUUUACUUUGGUAUCCAGAUGAACUCGCUUGGCAACAUUCUGCACCAAGAAGUAUUAUUAAAAAAGAACCUGAAUUUCAAUCAUUUCAUAAAUGUCGACAAGAAGCAGUUAGUAUGACACCACCAUUAUUUUUAGAUGUUAAACCAGAUCAUUGGGUGCUUGACAUGUGUGCAGCUCCUGGAUCAAAAACUACACAAAUUCUUGAAGCGAUUCAUAUAAAUGAUACUCAUACUGGAAUUGUAAUUGCGAAUGAUGCAGAUGCAAAAAGAAGCCAUAUGUUAGUACAUCAAGCUAAAAGAUUGAAAAGUCCAUGCUUAAUGGUUACAAAUCAUGAUGCAGUCCAAUUUCCUGGAAUUUACGUGCAACAAGACACUUUUGGAAAAUUAAAACCAAUACAAUUUGAUCACGGAACAUUAAGAAAGAAUUAUAUAAUUUGGAAAAAUUGGGGUAUCGGAAAUGCUAUCGUAAAAAUAUUACUUCGAGGUGCCCAACUAGUUAAAGAAAAUGGACGAAUCGUUUAUUCUACUUGUUCAUUAAAUCCUUUAGAAAAUGAAGCAGUAAUAGCAGAAGUUUUAAGAAGAUGUAGAGGAAAUUUACAAUUAGUUGAUGUCUCGGAUCAAUUACCUGAAUUGAAAAGAGCACCGGGAUUAACCACGUGGAAGGUAAUGAAUAAAGAAAAUAGAUGGGUUGAUAAAUUAGAAGAUAUUAAUCCAAGAUAUAGAAAGAAAUAUGAAAAAUCAUUGUGGCCACCUCCAAAUGUGAAUGAAUUAAAUUUAGAGAGAUGUAUAAGAAUUUAUCCUCAUUUUCAAGAUACUGGAGGAUUUUUCAUUGCUAUAUUACAAAAGACUGGUCCAAUCACUGAUAUUAGUGAUUUUAAUAUUAGUAAUAAUGAUGAUAAUAUUAAUAAUGAUAAUAAUAUAAUUAAUAUUAAUGACAAUAUAAUUGAUAAUGAUAAUAUAAUUAGUAAUGAUAUUAAUAAUGAUGGUCAAAAAGAUUUCCCUUUCAACCAAUUACUCGUUCGUUCAACCAAUGAAAAGAAUAAAACAAUAUAUCUUGUUUCGGAAUCAGUUAAACGAGUGCUGGAAGCAUCUGAUAGUAAACGAUUAAGGAUAGUAAACACAGGAAUAAGAACAUUUACUCGUCAAGAAGUGAAUAAUGAAAUUAAAUUUAUAAAAUUUGGAUUAGAUGAUUUAAAAACGUUAUUAUCUGAACCUACUCCAUUAAUUGAAUCAUUUAGUGAUAAUAUUAAAGAGAAAUUAAAUCAAUUAGAUAUCGGAUGUAUAGUGAUAUAUAUUGAACAUGGUAAAGGACUGGAUAAAAUUAUAUUACCGGUUUGGAGAGCAGCAGUUUCUUUAAAUUUAUUAUAUAGAAAAGAAGAAAGAAAGGCAUUAGAACUUAGAAUUCAAAGAUACAUUCAAAGAACAACAUCAGCAACUAUAACAAAAGAUAAUGAAGUAGAUAUUUAA